AUGGCAGGUAGACGGCUCGUCGAUGCCGCCAAACUCUUCAAUGCCUCGAAAUCCGUCGCACAGAAGCACAUCGCGCUUCGAUCGAACCAGUGGGAUGCCUACAACAAAACCUCGUCAUUAGCCAAAGCCGUCAAGAAUCAGACCGAUCGCGUCACCCUCACAGCAGCCGCUGCCAUCGCCCUCUCACAACGCUUCAGCGAAGAAGCUCCCUCGUACGCGAAAGCCGCAGCGGAUCGAGCAACGAAUACACAAUGGCCACAACAGACCGACAUACCUAGAAGAGAGACGGUGGAGAAGGAAGCGUCAGCAAAGGACGUGAGGAACAGCGUAGAUCAAGAUCAUCACUAUGAUCGAUCCGGCCAGAAUAGCGCUCAGGCACCUCCGCCUACAGAGGAAUUGGAGGUUGAGCAGAAGAAGGCUCCUAGAUCGCCGCUACCAGACGGGAGCAUCCCAAGCCAAGGAUUGACCCUCGAACAAGAGGAGAAGGGACAGGAUACUUUCUCGGAGAGGCCGGCACAUGAGGCGCCGAAGGAACCUCUAGCUGAGGACCAGGAUGAAUCGGUCCGUCAUAAAGAGGAGGGCAUCAACCCGGUAGAGUCUACAGAGACUACGAUACCGCUACCCGGAAAUCCUAGAGGUGCUUCGACGCAAACCGCUGAAGCAAUUCCCGCACACGCCAAUGAUCCACAACAAUCUCCAAUCUCACCGCAGGCUGAGAAUCUUCAGAAAGGUCAUGACAGAGACGUCUUCUACACGCGAUCCGUCGAAUCGCAACCAACUGUCCCAUCACAACCUCAAUCACAGAUACCUCAGACUUCAGCAACGAGACAGCAAAGUGACGAACACGUAGAGGACAAGCAGAUAAACCAGGAUGUGUUCUAUAAUCCCCCCAAACCUGGGCAGGGUCAACUGGAGGAGGAUCUACCAGAGGGUAUCAACACAGACGUCUUCCAUUCGAGAAAGGUUGCGAGGAUGCUAGGAAGCGACCCUUUCUCGAGGAAGGAGUUUGCGGAGCGGAAGAGCAGUGGUAGACACCCGCUCGACGAUAGGCCCGCACCGAAGAGCAGUGGCAGGCAUCCCCUCGACGACAGACCUAUACCUCCAGUGCAGCAACAAAGCCAACCAUUGACGCAGUCAAAACCGAUACAGACAGCUCAGCCAACGACUACCUCCAAGGAGAUGGAAGACCUAGCAUCUCAAUUGGCUCAAGACGUGCAGUCAAACGCGACUGCGUCUGAGUUAUAUAAUAAAUCGAGAGUCCCUGCAUCGCGAUUUGGUCGCAUAUGGCAGUAUGCUGGUCUAGGCACAAGUAUGGCGCUCGGAGCUGUCGGUGAAGGUCUUCGACGAGCGACCGGCGGCGCUGCGUCAGCAACUGGGUCGCUGAUGCUCAGCCCUGGGAACAUGGAAAUACUGGUCGCAAAACUCUCGCGCAUGCGAGGUGCCGCUCUCAAGCUGGGGCAGAUGAUCAGUUUUCAGGACAUCAAGAUGCUGCCGCCUGAGAUUCACGAUGUAUUGCAGCGAGUGCAGGAUAGCGCAGACUAUAUGCCGGCCUCACAACGGAACAAAGUCUUGAGCAGCAACCUUGGGGAUAACUGGCGUGACCUUUUCGAAUCGAUCGACGAUGUGCCUAUCGCAGCAGCGUCGAUUGGGCAGGUACACAAAGCAGUGCUCAAGUCUAACGGCCAGGUAGUCGCUGUCAAGAUCCAAUACCCUGGCGUUGCCAACUCCAUCGACUCUGACCUCAGCAACCUCUCCCUCCUCCUGACAGCAUCUCGUCUUCUACCAAAGGGUCUGUACUUAGACAAGACCAUUGCCAACGCUCGAACAGAACUAGGUUGGGAAUGCGACUACACGCGCGAAGCCGAAUGCCAGACCCGUUUCCGCGAUCUCCUCCAAGACGACACAGACGUCUUCACUGUUCCCAAAGUCUUCCCCGAAGCCUGCGGGCCCACUGUUUUGACUGCAGAAUUCAUGCAUGGCGUCGGCGUCACCAAGCUCAAGACCCUAACCCAAGAGCAACGCGACUGGAUCGGCACCCAAAUUCUACGUCUCUGUCUCCGCGAGAUUGUAGAGUUUAAAUUCAUGCAAACAGAUCCCAACUGGACAAACUUCCUCUACAACGCUUCUGCCCAGAAAAUCGAAUUGCUGGAUUUCGGCGCUUCACGGGAUUACCCGGAUAAAUUCGUCGAGCCAUACAUCAAAGUCCUCAUCGCAGCCUCCAAAGGCGACCGCCCGUCUAUCCGCGACCUCUCCCUCGAACUCGGCUACCUAACCGGCAGCGAAAGCCCCGCCAUGCUCGACGCGCAUAUCCAGAGUGUCCUCACGCUUGCUGAGCCUUUCAGUGGCAGUGGACCUGAAAUAUACGAUUUCAGAGACCAAACGAUUACAGAUAGAGUGCGUGGUUUGAUUCCGGUCAUGGUCAAGGAGAGGCUUGCGCCGCCGCCUGAAGAGACGUAUUCAUUGCAUAGGAAACUUUCGGGUGCUUUCUUGCUUUGUGCGAGGUUGGGGUCGAGGGUUCCAUGUAAGGAGUUGUUUAGUAAGGCAGUGGAGACAUGGGAGGAGAAGGCUGUGUUGAGGUAG